CUUAUAAUCACCGCUUUCCCCAAUCUUCACUCUCAGCCACAACCAAACUCCAUUUUCCCCCAAUUUUCUCACGGAGGAGAUAUGGCCAUUCCCUUGCCGGCCUCCGCCACCGCCACCGCCAAUGGCACCGCGGCUCUCGCCCCUUUCGAUCCCUCCGCCCCUCCUCCGUUCCGUAUCGCCGAGAUCCGCGCCGCCAUUCCCCCCCAUUGCUGGGUCAAGAGCCCUUGGCGCUCUCUCCUCUAUGUUCUUCGCGAUUUAGCCGUCGUCUCUGCAUUGAUUGCCGCCGCCGUCUUCUUCGAUUCAUGGCUACUCUGGCCGAUCUAUUGGGUCGCUCAGGGCACCAUGUUUUGGGCCAUUUUCGUCCUCGGCCAUGACUGUGGCCAUGGCAGCUUCUCCAACAGUACUGCGCUUAAUACUCUCGUGGGCCUUGUUCUUCAUUCCUUCAUUUUGGUUCCUUAUCAUGGCUGGAGAAUAAGCCACAGAACCCAUCACCAGAACCAUGGAAAUGUCGAGAAAGACGAAUCAUGGGUUCCACUGACGAAGAAGACUUACAAGCAGCUGGAGAGAAGAACACGAAUCCUCAGAUUCACUCUACCUUUCCCCAUUCUUGCAUAUCCAUUUUAUCUGAUGUGGAGAAGCCCAGGGAAGAAAGGAUCUCAUUUCAAUCCAAACAGUGAUUUGUUUGCUCCAAAUGAAAGAAAAGACAUAGUGAUUUCAACCUCGUGUUGGGCAUUAAUGGCGGCUGUUCUUGUCUAUUUGUCCUUCGUGUUUGGUCCCUUCCAAAUCUUCAAAAUCUAUGGCGUCCCUUACUGGAUAUUUGUGAUGUGGCUGGACUUGGUGACGUAUCUUCACCACCAUGGCUAUGAACAGAAGCUGCCAUGGUACAGAGGAGAGGAAUGGAGUUAUUUACGUGGCGGCCUGACCACCGUUGAUCGUGAUUAUGGACUAUUCAACAACAUCCAUCAUGAUAUCGGAACUCACGUUAUCCACCAUUUGUUUCCACAAAUCCCUCACUAUCACCUCGUUGAAGCGACAAAGGCAGCAAAGGGAGUGCUGGGCAAGUAUUACAGAGAGCCAAAGAAAUCAGGGCCAAUACCAAUUCAUUUAAUGGAGAAUCUGGUGAAUAGCUUUAGAGAAGACCACUUCGUGAGUGAUAAUGGCAAUAUUGUCUUUUACCAGACAGAUCCAUAUCUUCACCAUCACUAAAUAUUCAUUUCUUUUACAAACCUUAGUUGAGUUUAGCUCACCCUUUGUUUUAGAAUUUGUUCUUGUUGCUCUUCUUCUUGUAUUACCAACAUUAUCCUUUUUGAUCCCUUCCCAUCAAAUUCAAGACCAAACAAAGACAUCAUCCAAAUAAAAUUUCAUUCCCAUCUCUACUUUUAUCUA